CACCUGGACGCACGCACGCCCGCCGCCGUCGCCUCCUGCGCGCUCCACCUGCUUGGCGGGGGGUCCCCCCACCUGUAAACCCCCCCUCAGGUGGCUGCCAGAGGAUCUCACAGCAUGGACGGCGGCCGGAGAGUUAGAGCAACGUCUGUCCAUCCCACAUUUGAUCCUCCAUGCCUAUUUAAAGGACACUUGAGCACCAAAAGUAAUGCUUUUUGCACUGACUCCUCUUCUCUCAGACUAAGUACUCUCCACCUGGUCAAGAAUCACAUGGCUAUUCACUAUAAUAAAAUCCUUUCCGCCAAAGCUGCAAUAGACUGCUCAAUUCCAAUAAGCUUGAGUACCAGCAUCAAAUAUGCGGAUCAACAACGAAGAGAGAAACUGAAAAAGGAAUUAGCACGAUGUCAAAAGGAAUUUAAAUUAAGUAGAACUGCAGGGCAAGCAAAGUCUAAAAAUAAUUCCAGGUUAUUGUUUAGCAGUCUUGAAAAGCCCUCAGAGGGGCCACAAGAUGAGGAUGAUGCGACUGGAUCUAAUUUUAUUGAAGAACUGAAUGAAUUUUCAACCUUUACAAAGCUGCUGGGAACUUCUUCAGAGAAUUUAUGCGUAAAUCUACGUAAAUCCAGUUCAGUCUUCACAACUGGUAUGGACAAGAAGACCAGUUCCUCUCUUUCCAUCAUGGAUUACAGCAUCCCUGAGCCCAAAAAACUACAUUCUAGGAUAAAAAAUGUCAGAGUGCCCAAGAGCACAUUCCCAAACUCUCACCGCUUUCAGUUAGUUAUUUCAAAAGUAUCCAACGGCGACCUUCUGGAUAAACAUUCUGACCUCUUCUCUAACAGCCAGUUGCCAUUCACUCCCCGUACUUUAAAAUCAGAUGCAAAAUCUUUCCUGUCCCAGUAUCGAUACUAUACACCUGCCAAAAGAAAGAAGAACCUUGCAAAUCCUCAGACAGAAACUGAAACCCAGCCUGAAUUAAACAGCCUUAAAUCUGGUGCAGCUGAGAUUGAAAACACCACAGAAUCAGAACUGACCCUAAAGCAGGUACCUAAACAUCUGACAUGUGAUAAAGAAAUUGCCCAUCUACCUUUGGAUAUAAAUGACUUAAUGUGGGACAGGAUUAAGAAUGACCCGUCUCAGUAUUCCUCCAGGGCUCUAUGUCAGUAUUCCCUGAACUCUCCUUUAGAAAGAAAAAUGUUCACAGACAAAGAAGAACUGAUGUAUCUGAGUUUCAUCGAAAAUAUAACAGAGGAAAUUUUGAAAGUUGGUUUAUUUUCCAACAGGUUUUUAGAACAAUUAUUUGAGCGGCAUAUAAAACAAAAUAAACAUCAUUUGGAGGAGGAAAAAAUGCGCCAGAUGCUGCAUUUCCUAAAGGCAGAUUUAGGUUGCACAUCCAAGGAAAACUCAGUCACAAUCAAUGUUGGUAUGUCGAAUUUACCUGAUUUUGAAAAUGAUGGAAGUUCCAAGCAAAAUGAAUCUAAAAAGGAAUCAGAUCUAGAACUAGAACUGGAGCGGAAACAGUACCUGAAAGCACUGGACAUGUUACUGUCCUUGCCCAAGGAUGAGAAUGAGAUGCUCUCUGCACAAGGUGACUUUCACUUGCCCCCGCAUAAAUCCAAAUCUUCAGAAGGGGUGAUCGUUCAGCAGUUGAAUGACUGUGACCCUUCAGGGUGGGGUGAAAAACAGUCAGUGGUUCCGGACAGCCCAUUGAACCAAGAGACCUAUGUGAAAGUCAUUGAAGCCGAGAGUGACUUCGAGGAUGUCGAGAGUGACUCCAAGGAUGCCGAGACAUCACACCAGUUAUGCUGUGUCAGCACAGCACAUUCCCAGCCCCAAGUAUUCUGUGGUGUCAGUGAUGCCAACAGUCAGCUCUUGGGAGGAUCCACACUGAAAAUUGUUGAAAUAAGCACCGAGAACUGUCCUUCCACUGUUGAACACCAAUAACAACCCUGGAUGACCAGUUAUCUAGUUGAGGAUUCAUUUCACUUUUUUUUUUUUUUUUGCUUCUUUAAUAGGAUUUGUACAUUCAUUUUCUGUGCUACGUAAUAAUAAAUUGCCAUAAAUUUAGCUGUUUAAAACAAA